CAGUUCUGCGCGUGCCCACCAGACUCAGUCCGCGAGGCGUCACAACAAAGCUGCUAAGAAUUACACAGCUGUGGAAGAGGAGGGACCUAGGCUGUCAUCAGAAUAUUUUCUCCAGCAACCUGCAGUUCAACAUAACACUUCUAACGAAUCAGCAAUAUCAAGCAUCUUGGAGCAAGUGGGGGAAUAGAUAGAAGAAGGGAUAGAGGGUGGAACAAAUGAGAAGAUGGAUUGCAAAGUUAAACAGAACAUCCUAUUGUUGCAAAACGCCAGUCACCCUGUACCCAUAUUGUCUCAAAAUCUAACUAAUCAAAGUCAAGUCUGUGAGAAUAAGAAUCCUGAAAUGAUAAAACAAGAUUACAGGACUGGUUUGCCUUUAAAUGACACUAAUGUUGACCAUGACAAUAACCCUGAUGGUAAUCUCCAAAGUUUUAGUGAAUUGCCCUGUCCUCGCUGCGAGAGACGGUUUACAAGUAGACAAGGCCUGGAACGUCACAUACAAACACAUGCUUUAUCUACCAGCCACACAAAGCAAUUUAAAUGCAGUCACUGCAGAAGGACCUUCAGUACACAAUUUAGUCAGCGUCGGCAUGAGAGAAGACAUGAUAACAGAAACAGAAAGCCAGGUUAUCGCACAGAAGCCUGUACUGUCAGUCAGAAUGUGCCAGGCAGAGGUAAACCUCAGAAUGCUGUGAGCUUGGGUAAAGGAGACAAGGCAUUACAAAACCCAGACCCAAUCAAGCACUUUAAUGCAGCUGACAGUGAACAAAAGGAUGGCUCUGAUAAAAUCAGUUAUGUCAAAGCCUUACACAUCUGCAAGUACUGCAAAAAAGCAUUCAGAACACGUACAAGUCUAAAGAGACAUCAGCGCAAUAUCCAUGAGCACCAACUCCUUCCUAGAGGCGUUUGUAAGAAGGCCACAGUCAUACGAGCAUCUGAAGGACAGCAGCUUGUUGAGAUGGCACAGGACUCUCAGACUGUUAUCCCACAGUGUAUGGAGGACAUCGAUCAGGAAAGGGAGUUCAUGGUUGACAUCUCUAAUAACAUUUCAGAGAACCUCAGCUUCUACAUAGAUGGGAAAAUUGUCUCAACAAGUGCUGUAAGCAACUGUGAGUUGAUUGAGAUGAACUCUGGGGGCUCUGCUGUAAUUGGGCUGAAUGCUGUUAUCAUCAGUCCAGCUCAAAUUACACAAGCUCUUAAAUUAGAAACCAAUUCUUGCAAUUUGACCCCUGACCUGUCUGAGCAAUUCUCCACCAGACGAAGGACUUCUACCCCACCUUUACUUCCACAAAUAAAAACACAAUUGGAAUCUGAAUCCAUCUUAACCACCUCUUCAUCUUCCCUUUCUUCUUUGCCGCUGUCCCCUACUUCAGGAACUGGACUGGUCACCGCUCAUCUGCCCCAGUCUAUUGAGACAGUUACCUUCCAGGGGGAAAAAAUUGUCUAUCUGUCUCCCAAACUCAAGCAGAUCCUGCACAAUCAGGAUGGCAGUAAAUCAGCAUUUGCAUUCAUUGCUGAUGGCCAAAAACUUGGCUCUCCUUUGUCUUUGAAUGCAUUACCUGCAACAACCACAAGGUUUAAGAGGAGAACAACGUCUCCUCUCAGCUCUCUGCAGCAAAGCCCCGAUCUAAGUGUUGAAACUGUACUGCGUGAUGAUGAUUCCAUAAAAGCUAAGGUGUUUGAUUUGGAGAGCCACGGUACAUCUCCUGAGUUGAGCCUCUCAGGCAAUGAUGAAAUUGAACCGUUGAAUCCACCCACCUCUGAUUUAGCUCAGAUGAAGCAACAGAUUUUGCCAUUAGACUGCUCUGUAUCGAGGACUGGUGGAAACUCUUGUAACCAACAACCAUUAGACCUCUCUAACUCUGUGGGUAAGCAUGACAGCAGUGACGGUUUAGAAGAGUCGAUUUUGGACUUAAGUAUUAGCGGAAAGAACUUGGACUGUGACUCAGCAGGAGGAUACCUCACUCAGCCUUCUGUUAAGAAGAGUAAACCCAACUCCAGUAUGCUUCAGAAGGUUCUUAUGAAUGAGUGUGGUGGUGUAGAUAUUCCUUCUGAUGAAGUUCCAAUGGAUGCAGGCAUCUUCAGCGCUCCUGAAAUAACAAACCUUGCAGUUGUGUCACUGUCUGAUUCAGGCCCACAAAACCCUGAAAAUCUUUUGUUUGAGAUUUCUGUUCCUCCUGCCUUACACCAUCCAAUGCCUCCUGUACUUGCUCCUUUCAAUGUCCAUCCUGCUGCCCUAAUCCCUUCAUCUCAAGAUUCAACUUCUUCAACUGAAUCUUAUGUAUCCUAUUUAUCCACUACCACUGUGGAACCCAGUCAGGAAAUUCAAACUCUCCAAUCCACUCUCCUGCUAUCGGACAAUGUGCCAGCCCCUAGCACUGUAGAAGACUACAUUGAUAAUCCUAUAUAUCCCUUACAGGGUGAUUUGAAACUGACAAUCCCUGACAGGAUGACCUCUGCUACUGAAGGUAUGGCCCACACCCUCAUACCCACAGCCCCUUUAUUGAGUUUACAAAGCUCUCAUUGGGUCACAGAUCCCACUGUAUGUGAACUAGCCCAAAGAACAUUGGUUGUAGACUCUGUAUUAGCCUCUGAUGAGCAGAUAUUUUCUCCCUCUCUGCCUGUUAAUCAGCCAAACAUCACAUCCUUGAACUUUCCACCAAACACAGUUGUUAUUGAAUACACAGUUGCACUGCAAUCUACUGAAAAUAUUCUCCCAGCUCUCCAAGCUAAUUCUGUUCAUUGUCUCUCUGACAAAGCGUCUUUAGAUACAACACUACAACAAGAACCUCAUGUCCCAGCUCAACCACAGACCGUCAGCCCUGACACCACACCAACGCCUGAAAUCUUCACACAGUCAUCACCUACAGAGCAGUCAUCAGGCUGUACAGAUGUUAUGCCGACACUCACUGCUUCCACCAAUGCUUUGAAAGCAGAGAGCAAUGAAGGGGGACAGGACAACUUGGUCUGCCUUGCGAGUGCUAAUGUCCAGACCUAUGAUAACUCUAAACAUGACAACAAAUUUGAAGAUGAAUCAUCUCCCCUGCACUCCUUUUGCAAGAAUUUCAUGUGCAAUGUUUGUGACCAGCCCUUUCAAUCCAUGAAAAGUCUCAGUCAACAUGUAGGUGAACACUCCAAAGAGUGGCCCUAUAAAUGUGAAUUCUGUGUGCAGUUGUUUGAGAGUGACACGGGUUUGCUGGAACACCGUUCCAGUUAUCAUGGCAUUGGUAAAAUCUAUGUAUGCAAAACAUGUUCUAAAGAAUUUGCUUUCCUCUGCAACUUAGAGCAGCAUCAGCAAGAUCUCCAUUCCGGUCAAGAAUGCUCACACACAGAAGUGGUGCAUGGCAAAUUAAGACCUGAAAAUCAUAACAGUCCCAAAACUGAUCUGAUCCAACCAGACAUUCCCAUCACAGAAUUUAAGAAAGAAUCUGACAACACAACCUCAAAAGCAGAGGAGGAUGACUCAGAAAACACUACUGAAGAACUAUAUACAACAAUAAAAAUCAUGGCAUCUGAAGGGGUCAAACCAAAAGGCCCAGAUGUACGUUUAGGCAUUAACCAACAUUACCCUAGUUUUAAACCACCUCCUUUCCCAUACCACAACCGGACGGCAACUGGAACAACAGCGGCAUCAGCCACCAACUUUACCACCCCCAAUAUCCCUCAAACCUUCAGCACAGCUAUUCGUUGCACCAAGUGUGGUAAGAGCUUUGACAACAUGCCCGACCUGUACAAGCACAUCCUAGCCUGUGCUAAUGCUAGCGACAAAAAGCGCUACACUCCUAAAAAGAACCCUAUACCACUUAAGCAGUUUGCUAAAGCGCAAAAUGGAGUAUUAUCACCAGCAACUAUUGUUAAUAGUAGGCAGAAUCUCUCUCAAAAGCCUGGACACCUGAAAAAACUGAACUUUCAUGAAUCAACAGUUAAGAUAAAAAUGAGUACCCUGAAUAAGAAGAAAUCUCAGCUGGUACAAAAGGGCAGAUCUGCUGGGAUGAGAAAGGCCUUUGCGCAGGAUAACCUGGGGAUUUAUGCAUGUCCUCACUGUAGCAGGGAGUUUACAUACAAUGCCAGCUUAAAGAAGCAUGUAGCUUUUAGCUGCCCUAUGAGGCCUGCCAGUAGGAAAUCCAUGAACAGAAAACUUGACAUUGUUUUAGCCCAGGAGAACAACGAGAGCCUUCACAGACAAAUAACAAAUAUUAAUGCAACAUUGCAAGGCUCAAACCAUGGGCCAAAAACAAAGAGUCAGAUCAACAAGCCAAACACAGCAGCUGAUACAACUCAGGAUAUUAGGCUUAAAAGAUCUACCAUUUUGUCAGCAUCUGUGGUCCAGUCUAGUAAAAAAGGCAAGCCUAUUUUAAAAAGUAGCUUUAUGCCACAGCUGGCCUCAAAGCAGAUAGUCCUCUCCUCUGUUGCUCAGGUUAACUCUCUGAGGUUGAGAGAAAGAGAAGGAGGGCCCAUUACUCGCAGUGUCCAGCAGGCCAGCACCACAAUAACACCCCUUAAACAGCCAGACAGUCACAACAUCAUCAUGCGUCCUGUCCUGCUUCAAGUCAAGAAAUGAACAGAUAAUAAAUAUCAAUGACAUCUGUUUUCCUAAAUUCCUCAUCAGUGCAUCAUUUAUCUGUAAUUAUAAUUCAUACAUAGUCAAGUGACUGCAGAUAUUAGAUUGCUUGUAGCAAAAACACUCUUGGUUUUUUGGACACCAUACUUUUUAAGUAAAAUAUUGACAGGCUGAAAUAAGAAUGCCAUUAAUUUUUGUGAUCUUUUUUAUUUUAUUUUUCAUAAUUACUGGCUCAAAUACAGCUGGCUAUAGCAUCUAUCAUUUCAAAGCAUUAUGACAUACCAUUGAGAUACCAUACUGUGUUAUUUUAAUAGCUAUGAGAGUUGGGGUAUCAUGCAAUUUACACUGUAUAUCAUAUUAAUUUGUGUGAAAUGAAUUGCAAUACAAUGAUAGAUUACUGCUAAUUAUUUAUUAAUGUAAUUAUUCAGUGCUAAAUCUAAGACUGAGAUGUCAUAUUUAAUGAGGUUAAUUUGAGCUGUUAUUAUUGUGAUGUAGCUGGCUUCCAUUUUUGUAGAUUGUGUUAGCAAGUGUUUAAUUGUUGUAUAUGUGCAGUUUGGACUCUUCAUGCAUGCCAGAGAUUUAAUGUAUGAGUGAUAGCGUGGGUGUUAAUGUAUCAAACUCAGCACUACAGCAGAAAUGCAGCAGGAGUUAAGAGAAGGAUUAGAAUAUAUUGUAUAAUUGAAAACAACUAUGCUCAAGUGGUAGAAGACUUUUAUAUUGUGGUUACAAAGAACAUUUCUGCAUAUAUGUUCAGUGUCCAAAGUUUCUCUCCAUGUCUCUCUCCCUGUGCCAUCCUCCUAAAUGUAGAAAUAUUUGGUUCAUGUUCAAAUGAGUCAUCAUAUCAUUUCAUGAGUCUGAUUUAUUUUUAAAGAAAGUUGAUAGACAUGUUUAGUACUGGGCAUAUAUUUAUUUGUGAAAUGAAAUGACAGAAACCAUGAGCCACCAAUUUUAAUUUGUUUAGUGCUUAAGACAAUUGUUUGCACAAAUUAGUGUCCUGUUGAGCUCUGCUGAUGGUAAACAUGGUAUCAGACUAAAGCCUUAAAAUGCAGAAAUGCCUUGUUUGGACAAAUGUAAUUAUGGUUAUAUUUUGUCACCACAAGACAUGUUCUAUGAUUACAUUCAGAAUCAGGGGUUAGAACUGGUAAUACAAUGUGUAUUAAGGUUUAUUAAGGCUUAAGGAAUAAUAUAAACACAGUGAAAUGUUUACAAUAUGAUUGUUAUCUAAAAGAAAAUGUUACCAAAGUUAUUUUUCAUAUUAGCAAAAAAUGAUAAUGUUAUGAGAAAUGCUAAUUUAAGAACUUGUACUCUGGAGAGAAGUCUGGACACUAUUAUUAAACGUCACACUCAUAGAGCUUCUACCAUGAUGAGUUAGUUAUACUUGUCUGAUAUGCUGAUUUAUAACAGCUAUAUUGCAGUUUCAAUAUACCUUUAUAAAUGUUAUGUAAUACUUGUUACAUUUUUGAACAGAUAAAGAGUUAAUCUUUAAAUGAUUAUAGGCUUACUGUCAAAUCUUUUUUCUUAAAUUUUGAGAUUACCAAAACUAACACAAUGUUCACAUAUUUAUUUGUAUGAUUAUCGCCUGCCAAAGAGGUUGCUUUAGGGGCAUUCAUAUUCUAGACAUGGAUAAGCUUGGUUUACAGGUUUCCUUAAAGGGGCUUUAGAAGGGCCUUCUUUAAUGCGAAAUGUGUAUGGCCUUGUAAAUGGUACAGUAAGAGUUUUCUCAUGA